UGAAAACAGACAGACAGCACAGAGAGCUAACACACAUCGAGGAUAAAACCACGGAGAGAGUCAGAAUAAAUCUUGUCAGUUUAAAAUAACAUUGACGCGUCUUACUAUAAGACGACAUAUCGACGAGGAGAGGUGAUUUGGUUGCUGAGAUUUCAUCACUGCGGGCAGCCGAGAUGGAGUUUCCAGAUCUGGGGGAGCACUGCUCUGAGAAGACCUGCAAACGUUUAGACUUCCUUCCCAUGAGAUGUGACGCCUGUCAAGAGAUCUUCUGCAAGGACCACAUAACCUAUGCAAAUCACAAGUGCACGUCAUCCUACAAAAAGGAUGUCCAGGUCCCAGUUUGUCCUUUGUGCAACAUCCCUAUUCCCGUGAAGAGAGGAGAGAUGCCCGACAUUAAAGUCGGUGAACACAUUGAUCGAGAUUGCAAAUCAGACCCAGCACAAAGGAAGAGAAAGAUUUUCACAAAUAAAUGCUCUAAAGGAGGCUGUAAGCAGAAGGAAAUGAUGCGAGUGACUUGUGACCAGUGCCAUUUAAACUACUGUCUUAAACACCGACACCCAUUAGACCAUGAUUGUAAGACUGAUACAAAACCUCUGUCCAAAAGCGGACACGCUGCUGUAAUGAGGACUCAGGGUUCCUGCUCCACCUCCGCCUCUGCUUCUAGUUCAUCUGGCUCAGGAAGCUCUAGACCCGUUUCUAAUGGUAUGAAUGCAAAUAACAGAGGCCACAGCAGUGGCUCUGCCCCUCGGAUCCCCACUUCAGUUUCAGCACAGAAUGUAAUACCACCAUCAGCAUCAUUUCAAGCUGGGAUGACGGAGGAGCAGGCUUUACAAAGGGCUCUGGAAAUGUCUUUGGCUGAGUCGCGGGUAAAUGUCCAGCCAACCCUUAGCCCUCAGGAACAGGAGGAUUUGGCUCUCGCUCAGGCUCUCGCUGCCAGUGAAGAAGAAUACAGACGCCAGCAGCAGAGACAACAGGGGAGGGAGUCCAAACCAUCGAACUGCAGCCUUUCUUAAUGUUGGACCACCAUUUAGACUUCAAGCUGUGCUAAUUACAUACUAGAACCUGCACAUCUGGUAUUAUCAGUAUCAAUGAUUGUGAAAUAAAAGAACCUCUUCAAAGUUUCUCAGACAUUACCGCCUUCCACAAUAUGAAGCACAUACUUUCCUAGCAGGAUCAGUCAUUUUUACUAAUGAUUUGCUCUGUACAUAUUUUAUAUGCUGAUCAUGAAACCAUUAUAUUAUCGUAUAUGAAUAUUGAAUAAAUUAUUUCAAAGAUGCA